AGUAAUGGAAUUUUCCAGUAUGUCAUUCAGCAAGUUUCACAACUAAUGACAAGACAGACGAUACUUUUACGUACUAGAACGACAUAUCUCAUCUGACAUUUAUUUCAGAACUCUAGCAGCAGCUCAUCAGCACUUGAUCUACUGACCACUACGAUCGACUUACGACUAGCUAAGAUAUCACAGCUCCGUUCUACAUCUGCUAUCUAUCUGAAAGUUACCAUGGCUCACCAGCAGCAGAUCAGCCUUCCCGCUAAACUGAUCAAUGGUGGUAUUGCUGGCAUUGUUGGGGUCACCUGUGUGUUUCCCAUCGACCUUGUAAAGACCAGGUUACAGAACCAGAGGCAAGGUCAGCAGAUCUACAAGAACAUGCUGGACUGCCUCAUUAAGACUGUUCGAUCAGAAGGAUACUUUGGCAUGUAUAGAGGUGCUGCUGUGAAUCUGACCUUGGUCACUCCUGAGAAGGCCAUCAAACUAGCCGCAAAUGACUUCUUCCGCCAGCAUCUUAGCAAAAAUGGGAAAGGCUUGACGGUGUUUAAAGAGAUGUUGGCAGGUUGUGGUGCAGGCAUAUGCCAAGUUGUCAUUACUACUCCUAUGGAAAUGCUUAAGAUUCAACUUCAGGAUGCAGGGAGGCUAGCGGCUCAGCAGAGAAUGCCAGCCGUGAUGUCUCCCACUAAGCUGGCUGCCACUAACACAGUGCUGAGCAGGUCCUACAACGUGGGGCCCAGUCCUGCAGCCAGGGCAGUGUCUGCUACCCAGAUCGCCCGGGACCUUCUGCACACACAAGGCAUCCAGGGCCUCUACAAAGGCCUCGGGGCCACCCUCAUGAGAGAUGUUCCCUUCUCCAUGGUCUACUUCCCACUGUUCGCCCACCUCAACCGGCUGGGCCAGCCCUCUCGAGAUCAAUCAGCACCCUUCUACUGGGCUUUCUUGUCUGGCUGUCUGGCUGGCUCCACUGCAGCUGUGGCAGUCAAUCCUUGUGAUGUUGUAAAAACGAGAUUGCAGUCUCUGAGCAAAGGGGCCAACGAGGAGAGCUACAACGGUGUGGUUGACUGCGUCAGUAAGAUCAUGAGUAAGGAGGGUCCCUUUGCCUUUCUGAAGGGAGCAGGAUGCAGGGCGCUGGUCAUCGCUCCUCUCUUUGGCAUUGCACAGGUCAUGUACUUUAUUGGCAUCGGAGAGUUCAUCCUGGACCAGUCACCUUUCAACUACUUGUCUGCAUGAGAUAAGACCAACACUACCUGGCUGUGCAUGGGACUUUCUCACACGUCGCAUGAAGAAGUAUCUCAGCAAAAUACUGGCAGCUAUAUUCCAUCAGUAUUUGGUACAGAAAAAAUAAACUACGUAAGACUGAGGUGUCUGUCAGRGCUUUGGAGCCUAGAAAAGAGAGGAAAUAAAAAUAGUUAUUGACUUCC